AGAUAGCGCUAUUCAAUCCAUACAUUUUCUGAAAUCAUUAAAUUGACUUUCUAAAGAAAAGACCAUAACGAAGAACUUAUCGAUUGGACCUUUCCAAAAAAUAAGGAAUGACAUCGCAAAGAUUACAUUGCUGAUAUUUUACCAAUUCCCCAGCAUUUCCUUAUUGAACUUAGACGAAAUACAACAUCGACUCUGCUGAAAAUCUGGGAGACGAUGCACCCCCAGCCCUCCGCUCCAUAUCCCUUCCAUCUCCCCCCCCCCUCCUCACACCUCCCCUCCUCCGCCGCUCUGUCCAUACUCUCCUAAAGUAAUUUCAAUAAUCAAGUGACUAUUAACAUGGCUCUGGAAAAUCAUCGAGUCUUAGCAGACACGUCUCUAUUUGACUCUUUUUCGAUACUCUUAUAUCGGGGAAAAACACCUGCCAAGUCUCCUUGGUUCUAAUAGACAUCUAAGCAACUUGUUGAGCUUUUGCCAGGUUGCACAGUGCUUAUUCAAGACAAUCAUUGUUUAAAAAGUUGCCUUUUUACAGAUAUAUUUUAUUGACAGCGAACAGUUGGUAUAAAAAUUCGUCAUUUUUUCACUAAUGGCUGUUGCUACUUCAGAAAUCUGUCAAUUUAAAGAGAAGCGAUUUGAAAGACCAUACGAUAUAGAAUGGUUAGCUGUGCAUUUUCUGAAUUAAGCCGGGAUUAUGCAGAUUUUCUGUCAAAAAUUUGAGCUAUCAAAGUGGAAUGGACUGUAGACCGGACUGGCAAGAACAUUUCUGUGUGGUGAAUGAAUGAGAGGACUUUAGCAAAAGUCUUGGAAAGGGAAUUUUAAUUUAAAUUGUGUAGACAUUCGUGGUCGCAAACACAGGCUUGGUGUGUCGGGCUUUAUCGUUUUCCUGUGGGAGACGAUAACCCAGAGAGAGAUUCUGUUCAUUGUUAACUGAAGACUCGUGACUUUAUGACUACAGGGCUCCAUUUACAACUAAAUUCAAAUCUACUGUUCAUGCGCUUUACACAAGUUGCAGUUGGCAGAUUAUGAUCUAUAUGUGAUUGGCAGUUCGAUUACAAUUGAAAGCAAAACGAGGUUAACGAAAACGAGGCUAAUACUGUUACAUUGGAACCGCGUAAAAGGAGAAAUGGAAUGUCGAAAGCCGUCAUCAGAUUGUCGAAUUCGAUUUUUCAAGAAUCGAACAUGUUCUAUUCCAUUCGCAAAUCGAAAGGUGAAUGAAUGACAUUCUUGCUCGCCCACGCUUGUACGUCAUCCGAAUUACCAUGUUCUGUAUUGUUUCAGACUGUUUGCAAUCAUUUUAAAGAUAAAAUAGAGUGAACGCAGCCAAAGUUCAACAAAUAAAAGAAACAGAAUUAUUCAUUGCUAAAUACUCAUGUUGUCCUUCAUGUAGUCCUUUCCUUCGGUGAAGCGCAACUCGUUCAAAUGUGUAUCGUAUGUUCCAAAUAUAGGACAUUGAUUCAGCCAUUCUUUUGUCCAUUUUGUUUGUUUUUGACUCUUAUUUCUUCGUUUUUUUAAUGCCAGUGCUAUAACUCUGGCAGCUGAAGCAACCUACUCCAUUUCAUAAACAGAAUCGAGGCAUUUGACUCUUAUCUUAUUCGACAAAAUCUGAUCGUGUAAAAGGGGCAUUCGAUUCGACAAAUAUGAAGCAAAACUAGAUUCGACAUAAUCGAAUUCGACAAAAUCUGACCGUGUAAGAGCAGCUUAACAGGUUCAUUCUUCUGUCACAUGUCACGCAUGCGCCGAUAUUUACUGAUCACAUGACCUUUACUGUAUGCAUUGUAAACAGAGAUUUGAUCGAGAAUUUUUAGUUGAUCUGAUUCAUGAAAGAUGAUCACGUAAAAGUGUUCCGCCAUUUGCCUCCCGAUCUACUUUUCAGUGUUAUGCAACGCCUCUUACACCCGGCAGGGGGAGGGGGCACUCGCCGUAUUUUUAUGUACGGGUGUGGCCACACAGUUAAAAUCUUUUUUCUUACCUCUCCCUAGAUUUAUGCCCUUUUGCCAUUUAUUUUAAAUUUAAGCUUCACUAGAAUACAUAAAAGAAAGAAUAUUUUUUUAUCAGGUUUUUCAGCAGGACCAGCCAAAACAGUUGGUUCUAGCUGAAAUUGGUUCCCUGAAGUUCCUAAAAUGAAAGUAGAAAAAUUAAGAUGUAUUUAAGUUUAGACUUUUGAGAAAACCCUUGGCAAGCAGAGUUUUGUUGCCUACGAGCAAGACGCUCGCUUUAUGCUACUAUCGACGUUGUUUUUUAUCAACAUCAUCUUUGUAUUGUAGCAAUUGGUGAUUGUUUUACUUGAAGUACAUCAAAGUGGGCCUUCGCAGCUACAUGAUGGUGGAUUGCUGACAUGAGCAACUUGCCCCCAACCGUCGCUGAGAGUCAAGAAAAAUGAUGCUUCAGAAGCUGCACUUCUUUAGAAGCUUCAGAUCUCAGUGCUAAAUCUGACUGCACCAUCUGGCAUUCUAUCUGAUAUUCAGACUUUUGCUACCCGGAAUGUUGUUAUAGUGACUGUUGCUAGCGAAACAGCAAAAUGUGCCCCAGCUACCACUGGCAAGAAAAGCAGCAGCCUCUUUAUUAAAAGUGCCUCCUUUUCGGUAGUGUUCAAGCGUUGAAAUCUCUUCGCCAAAAGCAUUGUGCGGCGCGAUCUACGACUGCACAAAGAAAACAAUUUGUCAUAUUUCUAAAGUAACAUCAGUACAACAAGCCAGUCCAGCUCGUGACUUCCUUAAAAGAUUAAUUAUUAUCAACGUGUGCCAAAUUGACAUGGACACACGUUAAGCCAUAUGACAUAUCUCAUACUUAGGCGGUUUAGAAAGGCUCAAUUCACGCCUACCUAUUUGUUGUCUGAACGUUAUUAAUUCCUACAAAGAUGUCCACUUACGCAAACGCAACCGUAACCGCGGGGGAAUUCUGGAAUACCACCUGUCAGCGACUCUUCAAUCAAGGCUACAAGACAAGCAUGUAUCAUCUUACAGAGUCGUUUGUUAUGCCUACUUACGUCAUCGGUUGCAUCAAUUGCGCAGCCGCACCCCCAACUGUGAUAUUCAACCUUCUACUUAUCAUUGCAAUAGCCAAGACGACGUCACUACAGACGAAGACCAACACAAUCAUCCUUGGCAUUCUGGUGAUGAAUCUGCUAGUUGGGCUGUUUUCCCUACCAACCUAUGGUGCUUAUAUGAUCCAAAUUACAAUGCGGAUUUCGUAUUGCACCGGCAGGACCUUUACCGCCAUCUUUGGCUCCUCCGUCGCCAUUACAUCAGUGCUGUUAACGGUGCUCCUGUCAUACGAGAGAUACGUCGCGUUGAUGAAAUCAUACUCGUAUGAGACACUGAUCACCGAACGGAAGAUCAUAUGCGGGAUAUUCUUCUCCUGGGCGAUUGCAUUAACGAUCAUCCUGGCAUCACAUGUAAAAGCUACUUCUGUCUACGCAAGCGUGCUUAUGAGUGGUGUCAUUUUCAUCGGCUAUACAUACAAUGUCGUUGUGCAUAUCAUGAUGUUCAGAGUCAUCCAGCGCAUGCGCAGAAACCAGGUAAGCAUCAACGUCUUUAACACAGCUGGCAAUGAAAGUAAUGACGCAAGAUUCAACGUAGACGGGGGUAUUGUCGCGCAAAUAGCGUACGAGAGGAAGCAGAAACGCACAUUUAAGUUCACGGCAUAUGUUAUUGGUUUUCUGCUGGUUUUUAACCUGCCAACAGUCGUGGUGUAUGGGGCCGUACGCGCCCUCCCAUAUGUGUUUAUGCCAUAUUACACCGCAGACACCAUCUUGUGCCUCCACGCGACGUUCAGCCCCCUUCUGUAUGCAUGGCAGUCCCCCCGUUUAUUCAAAGCGGUUUGCCGUUUGUUUAAACGGAACACCACUGACGUCAUGUCACUCGAGAACGCAAACAACAACAACAACAACAAGAGUGACACACCUCGUGGCCAGUGAACCUAGCAAGGGCAAGAAACAUCCUAUGGCCUGUGUUAGUCCCGUUAUGGAAUAAUCCUUAAAAUUCACCUGUAAGUUGAGGGUUUUUACGUUUAAUCUCCCAAUGGUGGGAUUUUAUCUAAUAGAAACUGCAGACAAACUAAUUUAAUCUAUUUAGAUAUUCCUGCUUGUUUUUCACAGCUAGGUCCUUAUGCAUCUUUUAAACGUAAUUGCAAAUUUCUUCUUUCGCUAAAUACUUCUCUCAAGAGCUUGGGUUCCUUUCUAGAGCACCUGGAAUCUUCUCAUAAUCACAAUUCUUCACAAUUUAUAAUUCCCAAAUCCAUCCUUUCUUGGAGUGCUGCUCCCAUAUUUUGGGUGGUGCUCCUUAAUUUCCCCUACGCCCCAUUAAUAAAGUUUAACCCAAAGCCAUUCGCCUGGUAAAAAACUGUAACCUCACCAAGUUUCUUCAGCUUCUCCCCCAUCAGCGCUUUGUUGCUGAUCUUUUUAUGGAUUUCACCGCCAUUGCUCCCAAGAGUUAGGUGAUAUAAUCCACAACACAAUACCAGACACUCUUCCAGUACACACCCUUUCCAAGUCUCUUUGUCAAACGCACGAACUCAAUCCAACAAAUCUUUCUUUCACCCUAGGUCUUGUAAAUCUUAGAAUGUUGUACCCAAGUUUUAUUUCUGCAUUCCUGUAUUUACUCAAAAUAAACAAGCUUAGCAAAUCUGUCGAAUUAACAUCUGUUUGCAGUCGCAUUCUGCUUUAUUGUCACAGCUGUAAAGCAGCAUAUUUUGUGGUUUCAACUACAGGGCUUCUGUGAUAUCAACAUAUAUACAGUACUUUGUGUAAAUAUUAAACGGGUGUAGACAAAUUCUGUAUAUAGAUUCGUUAAUGAUAAAGAUGAAAAAAUACUAACCCUUCUUAAGCACUACAAUUACAGCAUACUAAAAGCUUUUUCGUCUGAAACUCCCCAGAGGAUAAAACAUCAGAAUGAACGACCAAUACUUCAUGUUCUUCAUUCUCAGUUAGUUGUCAGAGGCGUAGCCAGCGGAGAGGGGGGGGGGUUGUAGGGGGAUGUAACAGCGCCAAUACUUAAUUAGCAUGUUGGUAUAUCUUCAGUUUGUCUAAAAA